AUGGCCUCGACACCAACCGACGCCUACGUGCCGGCGCCUGCCACACCGACGACGGUCCAGCCCAAGCCCGACGUGUACCUUCCGAUGAAGAGCUCACCGAAAGCCAAGACGGACGACCUCAAGCGCACCGGGUCCACCGGCUCGCUUCGCGCGUCCCGCCGAUCCACGUCCCGCGUCCGCCUCAGCCGCCUCGAAGCCAUGCUGCCCGACGAGACCGCGGCCGCGCUCAUGCCGACGUCGGCCUUGUACAUUACGGCGGCCGUCGCGCUCAUCGGGUGCCUCCAGGUCGGCUGGUGCCUCGUGCAGCUCAACUACCGUCCGUUCAACCUCGAUCCCGUCAUUUCGCUCCUCUCGACGGCCAUCUAUGUCGGCGCCUUCUCGCUCUCGAUCGGACCCAUGGCAUGGAUGCUCACGGCCGAGAUCUUUCCCGACUUUCUGCACGCCAAGGCCGGCGGCAUCGGCACCAUGACCACGUGGAUCGCCGAUCUCAUCGUCGGCCUCUUCUACCCGUCGAUCGCGGCCACGAACGCGCUCUCCAACUACGCCUUCCUCCUCUUCUUCGCCUUCCUCGUCGGGUACGCGUCGUUCACGUACGUGAUGCUCCCCGAGACGUCGCACAAGACGUCGGACGAGAUCCAACUGCUCUUCAACCCGCUCCCGGUCAUGUCGCCCAAGGCCCAAGUCGAAUUGGACCCGUACGCGAGCAUCGACUAG